AUGGCUGGCAGCAACGGCUCGCUGGUGGUAGGCAGCGAGGAACGAAGCGACUUCAGCACGACUGCUUUCAUCCAAGUUUUGAUCGCCGUCUUCCUCAGCGUCAACCUCUUCCAGCUGGGCACUUUCUUCGCCAAGGACCGCUUCCUGUCGUCCAUGCGCUACGUCCUGUUUGCCAACAUGCUGCUCAACGACUGCUGGUUCCUGAUCGUAAGCGACGUGCUGCUCUUCUUGUACCAGUUUCGUGUGACCACGCACGUUUGGCUGUGCCUGCCGGUCUACUUCGUCAUGGCCAUCUCAGUCAUGGCCACGCCGUGCACUUUGACCGCCAUGACCGUGGAACGCUACGUGGCCGUGUGCAUGCCCCUGCGGCACGCCGAGCUGUGCGCCACCCAGCGAGCCUUGAGCGCCUUGGCGGUCAUCGGCGGACUGAGCUGCAUACCUUGCUUGGUCUUCUACUUGGCCGUCUUCGCCUCGGUGGCCGACGGCUACUACGAGCGCCGGUCGAUGUGCUCGGUGAACAACCUGGAGGCGUACCCGUGGCAGAACUACCUGAGGUCGGCCAUGUACACGAUGUACUUUCUGGCCAUGGGCGGCGUCAUCGUCUUCUGCUACGUGCGCAUCACGUGGGCGGCCAGGGCGGUGUCGGCGAGCGACCGGGAGGCAUCCAGGAAAGGUCUCAGCACGGUGACCCUUCACGCCUUCCAGCUCGUCCUCUGCUUCGUGCACCUGCUGCUCCCCCCGGUAGAGAAGGCCCUGAUGCAGCUGGAUUACACCUUGUUCAGAAAAUUUCGCCUCUUUAACUACAUCGCCUUGAUUCUGGCCCCGCGCUGCUUGAGCCCUCUGGUCUACGGCCUCAGGGAUGAGGUGUUCUUCAAGGCGCUCAAGUACUACGCCCUCUGCGGCUUGUCUAGGAAGAAUAGGAACGGGGGGAAAGGCCAAAUCUCGUCGGCGUCCUCCAAAGAGGCGGCGUACUCCGCCAUCCUUUGGAUCUCGUCCACUUUGGUCUCGGCCAGCUUCUUGUCCGCCGCCCCCGCCGCGCUCCGGGCCCGGUCGGCGUGCGACCGCGCCAGCCGGACGCUGGCCGUCAACGUGGCGGACGCCUGCUCCGACCCUAAAGAAGCACAGGCCGGGGGGCUCGACAACUUCCUGUUUGCCGUCUUUCUGGUGCUGAACAGGACACUGGCAGAACUGCUGUUAAGGACGUUUCAUAACGGCCGUGCGGCGUCCGGCAUUUAUUUGCUCUCCGAGUUUGUUUUGGACCUCCGCUCGGCUGCUCGGCCUCCAGCAGUGACGCAGAGCUUGCGCAAAGGAAAGAGGCCAGCGACCCCCCGACCUCCGUCCCGACCCAACACCGCCUCCAACGAGACGCGCACACCUCCCGAGAGAGGUGCUCCCACCAGAGUCGAUGUGUUUGCGCAAACAACGGCAGAAGUGGAGCUCGACGACCGCGCUUCCUCAACGCGCCCCUCGUCGUGGCCGCCGUCCCGUCUACCCGCCGCCCGGCCGCCCGGCGCUCCGACCGCACGUGCGCCCGAGCCCGAACUACGCCAGACGCUCGGCCCGGUGGCCUUUUUCGACUUCUUCUGCUUCGUCCUGCGCCCCGGGGUCCUCUGCCCGCUCGUCUACGGAUUCCGGGACUGGAGCCUGCGCGGGCACGUCGUCGAGGCCCUCGGGGCCCGCGUGGGGUCAAAGGUCAGGGUCUGA